CGGUGACAACCACCUGCCAUCAACCACAAGUAGCUACCGGUACAUAGGAACCCACCUUUCCAGAUCAACCCAUCAAAGAGAUUAUUCAUAGUUGUGUUCCCAUUCGACAUAAUAAAUAAUAUGAAAUUGGUGUUGGCAAAGACUCUGUGGGGUGUCGAUGGCGCAGACGACGAAGACCAAUGGGAUUCCGUGUUCGGACGGAUCAAGGAGGAUGGUUACACCAUGAUUGAGUGUGUGCCCGCCUUUACGUUUGGAGGAGCCCCCGAGCGAGCCCAAAAGUUUUCCAGUUUGGCUGCCAAGCACGGACUCCAGGUGAUUUGUUUGCUAUGCACAUCGGGUGGUUAUUAUCAACAAGGCGAGUUUGUGUACUGCAGCUCUUUCGAGUUGGACGUGCAUCUCAAUUCGGUAUCCAAGGAAAUUGAACUUGCCAUGCAUGCGAAUCCGGUCCACAUUAACUGUCAUGGCGGCGUCGAUGCCUGGGAUCACGAGACUCAAGUCAAAUUUUUGUUGGGGGCGAUUGAAAUUGCCAAGGAAAAGAAGAUUUCCAUUAGUUUUGAGACACACAGACAACGCAUUUUUUGCAAUCCCUUUCAAACUAGAUCUCUUUUGGCAGACGAACGCCUCAAGGGAAAUCAAGAACUCAAAAUCACUGCCGAUCUUUCCCAUUGGGUAGUAUGCUGCGAGCGACAAUUACAUACGCCCAGUUGUUGGGUCUCUCGUGAUCCCUGGUGGCAAGAUCUACUGGAACAGGUAGCAGCCCACGUCAAACUCAUUCAUUGUCGAGUGGGACAUCCCCAAGGACCUCAGGUGCCGGAUGUUACCGACCCUGCCUACAAGCUCGAUGUCAAAGCUCAUCUCGACAUGUGGGGUGAAAUUUGGAAUGUUCAACGCAAGGGGGGCGCCACCGAAACUUGGUGUGAAGUCGAACAUGGGCCGGCACCCUACAUGUGGACAUUACCCCACACCGGUGUGCCCGUAGCAGAUCUAUGGAAGGUCAAUAAUGACCUGGCCAAAAUGAUUCGCGCAGAGUUUCAAGAUGUGGAUGAUGUCAACUCGUUGCAUGCCUCCAUGAGUGGCAGUAAUCGAUUCGCUGCGGAAAGCUAAGGAAAUGCGAGUUGUUGGAGGAGGAGGUGAAAGUGGAAAAGUGUGUAUUGGAUUUUGUGUGCGGAGUGGAGCGGAUUUGGUUCGGUAGCAAAAGGAAAGGAAGCCAACAAUCAUGACGAAAAGACCGAGGAGCAGGGGGUUUCAUGUUUGUGUGAAUUUGAGAAAUUAAAAAGUGUACGCAUGCAGUGCAAUGCCUUUGGUAGGCAGAUUUGCCGCUGCUAAUUCAUACAGUGUUUGUGAUACGUUUUCAGACGGGAUCGUUUAUUUGUGUUGUCGAAUGUACUGUACAUGAAGGAUUCAGUCAAUCGUAGUCGACUGGUGGCCUUGGCUUUCGGACUCGAUUAUCAUGGGUGCAUACCGAUAGUCAACCCAGCAACUGCGUCUUUCCGUGCAUGCAGUCUUCAGCAGAAAUUGUUUCUGCCUAAAGAUAUCUAUCCAGCCGACAUAGAAGUCUUAUUGCCUGUUGUUAUUAUUGCUUGUAGCCGAAAGUUUUUUGCUAGCUAGACUGCUAGUCUGCCUUGCGGAACGAUUUCUAGAGGGCCCGCACACUUGGGGUACUGGUACCGAUAUCUGUCACGCUUUUGACAGUGGAGCAAUCAUGGA